AUGUGGAGACUGAAGGUAGUGCUAAGUCACCUGGACGGCCGGCUCAAGUCGGACCCGGCACUGCAGGUCGCGCCCUGCUCCAGUGGCUUCCCGCAGGCCUCGGCCGCGGACGUGGUGGUGGUGCACGGGCGGCGCACCGCCAUCUGCAAGGCCGGCCGCGGUGGCUUCAAGGACACGACCCCCGACGAGCUUCUGUCGGCGGUGUUGACCGCGGUUCUCCAGGAUGUGAAGCUGAGGCCGGAGCAGCUGGGGGACAUCUCCGUGGGCAAUGUGCUUCAGCCUGGGGCUGGGGCCAUCAUGGCCAGGAUCGCCCAGUUUCUGAGUGGCAUCCCAGAGACUGUGCCUUUGUCCACUGUUAAUAGACAGUGUUCAUCAGGGUUGCAAGCAGUGGCCAACAUAGCUGGUGGCAUCAGAAAUGGGUCUUAUGACAUUGGCAUGGCCUGUGGGGUGGAGUCCAUGUCCCUAUCUGGUAGAAUGAACCCUGGAAACAUUACUUCCCGUGCGAUGGAAAAUAAGAAGGCCAGAGACUGCCUGACCCCUAUGGGGAUAACCUCAGAGAAUGUGGCUGAACAGUUUGGCAUUUCAAGAGAGAAGCAGGACACUUUUGCAUUGGCCUCCCAACAGAAGGCCGCAAGAGCCCAGAGCAGGGGCUGUUUCCGCACUGAGAUUGUGCCUGUGACCACCACCAUCCUCGAUGACAAGGGCACCAAGAGGAGCAUCACCGUGUCCCAGGAUGAGGGUAUCCGCCCUAGCACCACCAUGGAGGGCCUGGCCAAGCUGAAGCCUGCCUUCAAGGAUGGCGGCUCUACCACAGCUGGGAAUUCUAGCCAGGUGAGUGAUGGGGCAGCAGCCGUCUUGCUGGCCAGGAGGUCCAAGGCCAAAGAGUUGGGCCUCCCUAUCCUUGGCGUCCUGAGGUCCUAUGCCGUGGUUGGGGUCCCACCUGAUGUGAUGGGCAUCGGACCUGCCUAUGCCAUCCCUGUAGCUUUGCAAAAAGCAGGGUUGACAGUGAAUGAUGUGGACAUCUUUGAGAUCAACGAGGCCUUUGCAAGCCAGGCAGUCUACUGUGUGGAGAAGCUAGGAAUCCCCCUGGAGAAGGUGAACCCCCUAGGGGGUGCAGUGGCUCUGGGCCACCCCCUGGGCUGCACUGGGGCGCGACAGGUCAUCACACUGCUCAACGAGCUGAAGCGCCGCGGGAAGAGGGCAUAUGGAGUGGUAUCCAUGUGCAUCGGAACUGGAAUGGGAGCCGCUGCUGUCUUCGAAUACCCUGGGAACUGAGGUCCUGCUGGAGGUGCUGCCCAGACAGCCCUGCUUUGGUACCAGACAGGGACAUUACAGAAUCAUCCACAUGGGACAUCCAGCACCUGUGGUGGUACAGGUGGACAAAUCAAGGGACUUUACCUUAGAAAAUGUGAACACAGAUGACACAGUCCGGGAGCGGAUGGGGUAUUGGGCCACCCCCACAGUCCCCUGUAGCUGAGCCAAAGUUGGUGUGGGUCAUCCAGGCCUGAGGGCCAUCAUGUAGGUCUUGGGGGGAUGGUGACUUUUGGACAGGGUAC